AUGCGGGUAGUGCCUUUGGGACGUGAAGAAGAAGCAGCUGCUAUCUAUGGACACUUAAAGAGUGCGGUUGAAGGUCGAGAUCAUGGAAUUCUUUAUGUUAGUGGAAUGCCGGGAUGUGGGAAGACUUUGACUUGUCAGAAUAUUCUUAAAGUAAUGGCUGAGAAGUAUACUGAGGUGAAAAUAGUAGAGAUUAAUUGUGGAGGAUUGAUUCUUCCUUCUGAUGUGUUUUUGAAAGUACACCAACAGAUUGUUCCGGGGGUAGAACAGUCUUCGCCUAGACAGUUGGAAGAAGCUUUGAAACACGAGGUUUAUACGAUUAUUUUGGCCGAUGAAAUAGAUAUGCUGAUAAGUAAAGGUCUUGGGUCUUUGUAUGGACUUUUAGAAUUACCUUCACUUUGUAAGAAUGUUUACUUGGUGAGUAUUUCAAAUACUUAUAACCUGCCAGAUAGACGGUUGACUUCUAAGGUAAGAAGUAGAUUGGGUUGGAAUCGACUUAACUUUGCGAUGUACAAGAAGGCACAAGUAGUUGGGAUUUUGAAAGAGGCUCAAACUAGUAGUAAGUUUACAACUGAAGCUAUUGAGUAUUGUGCUAAUAAGAUAUGUACUUUGAAUGGAGAUAUUAGGAAGGCAUUUCAGAUUCAAAGAUGGGCGGUUGAAUAUGCUGACAAGAACAAUAUUGCGGAAAUAGGCAUACGUGAAAUAGAUAUAGCUAUUAAGAAUGUCUUUUAUUCAGUACAAGGUAGUUUUAUUCAAGGUCUUUCUCUUUACCAGCAGAUUCUUCUGCGUAUUAUUGCUCAUAAAGGUGCUGGUGCUUUUCCCAACUCUGUUUAUGAAGACUUCAAGAGUACUCUUAUUCUGAAGAACUUACCGGUAGUGGGUUACAAAGAGUAUGAAGCUCUUAUUGCACGUCUCAGUACAAUAGGGGCUCUUAAAGGCCGUAGCAACAGUCCUGUUCUAGAAACCAAAUACAUCCCAGAAGAGCUAGAUGCCAUCCUCAAUGACCAAAACAAUCAGCAACUCGAAAUCAUCACCAUAGGAUAA